UCCAUUACAAUUCAGUUGACAUUUCAUCAUGGAAUUGUACUAUCUACCCACAUCGCCACCAUGUCGGGCCGUCAUUAUGGCAGCCAAGGCCGUGGGAGUCGAUUUGAAGAAAACUAUCUUAAACAGUCUAGAGGGCGAAACUCUGAGGCCAGAAUUUGUCAAAAUUAACCCACAGCACAUAAUUCCCACACUGGUGGACAAUGGGUUUGCAGUUUGGGAAUCGCGAGCCAUUUUAAUCUAUCUGGUGGAAAAGUACGCCAAAGAUGACUCACUUUAUCCAAAGGAUCCGCAGCAGAAGGCGGUGGUUAAUCAGCGUUUGUACUUCGAUAUGGGGACUCUGACGCAAAGUUUUGCCGAAUACUAUUAUCCACAAUGGUUGUUUAGAAAACCCGCCGAUCCGGAGGCAUUCAAGAAGAUUGAUUUGGCGUUCUUCUACCUCAACACUUUUCUCGAGAAUCAGGAAUAUGUGGCAGGAGAUCAUCUCACCAUUGCCGACAUUGCCAUAUUAGCCACAGUUUCCUCGUUUAUUGUGGCUGGCAUUGAUAUUAGCAAGUACUCGAAUGUGGAGAAAUGGUAUGCAAAUGCUCAGAAAAUUACCCCUGGCUGGGAUGAGAACUGUGAAGGACUUCUACUGCUUAGAGAAUGGAUCGAUAGAAAAAUCAAUUUAACUAAUUAAACUAAUGAUAAGACAACGUAUUACGUUUACGAUUAUAAAAUGAAUAUAUAUGAUUAAAAAUGUAUUGGAUUUUACAUUCUUUCAGAGGUUAAAAAGUAA